AGUGUUCUAGUAGCUGUCAUAAUUGUCUUUGAGGAGGCGGUUUAUAUUAUUUUCACCAAUAAAAGUAUCAUUUAAAAUUAGUAGUAAGUAAUACAUCCUAAUAACCGGAGCUUCACUAAGAAACAACCUGUGAUUGGAUUUCUUUUGCACGUAGAGAAAUCAUCUUACAUGGACAGUGACUUGUUAAAAUAAUAGAAAUCAACAUGGCAGCUACCAGGAGAUUACAAAAGGAACUUGGUGAUAUAAAGAAUUCAGGUUUGAAAUCCUUCAGGGACAUUCAUGUAGAUGAAAGCAACAUCCUCACCUGGCAGGGAUUGAUUGUGCCAGAUAAUGCGCCAUACAAUAAAGGAGCAUUUAAAAUUGAAAUAAACUUCCCAGCCGAGUAUCCGUUCAAACCUCCAAAAAUCAGUUUUAAGACGAAAAUAUACCAUCCUAACAUCGACGAGAAGGGACAAGUGUGUUUACCUAUCAUAAGCGCCGAGAAUUGGAAGCCCGCAACCAAAACCGAUCAAGUGAUCCAAGCAUUAGUAGCCUUAGUUAAUGAGCCCGAGCCGGAGCACCCACUGCGCGCCGACUUAGCCGAGGAGUUCCUGAAAGAUAGGAAGAAGUUUUCGAAAAACGCUGAGGAAUAUACGAAAAAGCACAGCGAAAAGAGGCCCGCCGACUAAAGCUCCGACCCUCCCAGAAACACCUUGCACCACCGCAAUCAGAUAUGAAAAGAAGAAGAAAACACUAAUAUUAAAACAAAAGUAAAAAAGAAGCGUUUUUCGAUAAUCCUUCCACUCUAUAUAACCGCAAAAUGAAAUAAUAAUAGUAAUUUCAUAAAUCUUAAUGUUUAUUUUUAUUGUUUUUUUUAGUUUCAUUUGGUUGUUAUAUUAAAAAAAAUAUGCAGGAACGCAGCUGUUACGUAUAUAAGUUGUUUGCGGGUUGAUCUAGUUUAAUUUUUAGGUAUUAUUUUAUUCGUAAGGAAAAACAAACAGGAUUCAUUAAAAAACUGCAACUUUUGCGCACUUGAACAAUAAAAAGUAAUCUGAAGUGGAGGAUCAAAAAAAUAUAUAAAAAACUAAUUGCAUUUGUAAUACAACAAAAAAAAAUCAAUCUUAGGUGAAUUAAUUAAUAAAACUGAAAAUGAAAGCGAUCGUAAGUUAAUAUCGUAUGUAUACUUAUACUAAAUAAACUGUUUCCAAAAGUU